AAUAGGUGUCUAUGAAAGAUUUGGAACAGUGUUCUGUGGCUGUCUUACAAGAGUGGUACUGUGACAAAUUUCAGUUCAGCCAUAUUGAAUCGUGAUAUUUGUGAAGUAGAAGUGUGACCAUCUGAUAGAAUGACGGUGGCUCCGACCAACAGACAGUCUCUGGUCGACCUUGUGGUCGCGAUGGUGUCGGUGCCGCUCCUGGUUGUGUUCGGGCUGUUUCUGGAGAGCAACAUGAGAGGCGAUUGGACGAGCGACAGUGACAAGCGCUGGCAUGUUCUGGGUAUCGGCCUGGCGCUGCUAGCUGUCAGCCUCUUGGUCUGCGGCUAUGUCACACACCGCCUGGGUAUAUGCAUAUGGACCGCAACACAGGAAUCGGGGAAUCAUUGCCAGGGCACAAGAGCCUGCAUGAGCAGUCAACUACAUCUGGUUGCAGGAGGUGAACUGCCACCAAGUUAUGAAUCUGUUGUCUCAUGUGAAAUGCCUCCCCCAUACUGGUCGGUGCUGGUAUCAGAUGGGAAACUGAUGAGUGGAUUGCCUGUCGCAGCACCAAAACAAGCCACUGGUUGAACAAAUUGUUACCAUGGAAGACAUUCUGAAUGGCUGUGAAAAAUUUCUUCAUGAGAAGAAUCUAUCUACUUAAAUACUACCUCAAGACUAAUGUUGACUUCUUGGAAUCUCAUUGUCAUUGUCUUAGUGAGAAGAGUCAACAUCGUCAUGGAAGAACAAGUGGAGCUGCAAUGUGGCACAGGUAUCACACUGUUCAUAGUUACGUCUGGUAGAAUUAGAUUGGGCUCUGUUCUCUGUGAGAGAUGGAGCGAUGUUUGAGAAUUGCUAGGAACAUGGCGUGCUGCUGCACCUUCUACUUUCUCUAAUGUUGAAUACUAGAUGAAGAUGAAAGGUGUAAAGACUGGUUGAAGAAAGUGGCUGGGUUUAUAUAACAAUGUGAAAGAAUAAAUGACUCAUUCUUUGUUUUAUCAUUCUGAUGUCAAGUGAGUAGUCUGUCAUAUCUGUCAUAUUUCUCUACUAAGCAUAUUACAAGUUGGUGGAAGAGGUCAGUGUUGCCUUAUGCAAGGCACGGAGGAAUGUUUUCUAUCAGUGAAUUCAAUUAGGUUUGAAUUAAAAGAGUCUUUCAAGACUUAAGAGAGAGCAUUUAGUUCAUUAAAGCAAGGGCUAUUGAUAAUUCUCACGUACUGCACAUACUGGGUGCUGAGAACAAUCCUUUUUUCAAGUGCCUGAGCACUGCGGGUCCCAACUUUUUGUUGGCCUGAUCUAUAGACGUUCGGUAGGACUCCUUGGACGACGACUGCACAUACAAAUGAAAUUAUUUUAAGCCCAAUAAAACUUUAUAGAAUAUUUUCAUUAUUUUUAAUUUAACUUUUCUUCAUUUUAAUUUGCUUGUUACUUCCAGUACAUAUGUGAUUCAGAGUAAUUUAAGAUAAAUUUAGGAACAUUAAAGUCUUAUACUGAACUGAUGCACAUUAGUUUUACAUCUGACAUUCAUUUGUUAUAAGUGUAAAGUUUCAGGAUUUAUUCUUUUAAAUAUGGUAUUACAUUUUAUAUAAAUUGAAAAUUAAACUUUGAAAUGUUAAUGGGAUAUCAUUUAAAUGCCUUGAAGUAUUCAGCUGAUGGUAGUAAUUGUAUUAGGCCUACAUAAAUUCUGACUGUGCCAAUGAUUACAACUCUUUUGUCAUUAAUUGUACUGUUUAGUAAAGUGGAGUAAAUUUUUCUGACAUUGAAUUCCUCAGGUCUGAUGAAACAUAAGUGAUAUUAACCCAAAACCACAUACCAGGAUUAUCAAUUAUUUGCAUACUUUUCAUCAAUACCACGUGCAGAGAUGUACUAUACAUAAAAAUAAAACUAUCUGAGCCCCUCACUUGUUAUUCAUAAUCACAAUUCUUGAGGUAAAGCAGCUUGAUGAAGAAAGCACACUGUAGCAGUGUGUUCUAGGACCCUAUGCAGCAUUUGUUUGGAAUUUCUGAGUGAUGGGCAACUCUAUAUUUGCAGUCUUUAAUAGUGUUCAUUUGAGGAAUAGAAUACAGAAAUUUAGCACACUUUUUCAUAGGAUUUUCACUGGGUUCAGGAUACAUUUAAUCCAAACAGGAUAUAAAACAUUCGAUUGAAUAAAAUGAAAAUCUUGUAAUGGUAAAAUAAUAAUAAGGAUAAAUUUAUUCAGUUCAAUUACUGCUUCCAAAUUAUGCGUUGUCUAAAUCUAUACAUAAUCAUCCCAAAAUAUAAUAAUGAAAAAGCACAUCCUGGUUACUUCUAACAAAAUAAAAAUGCUUAUGAAUAAAGUGAAUGAAUCCACACACAAACUGAUGAUUUAAAACAUCAUUUCUGAAUUACAGCUGAACAUAAUUUUGAUUCAGUAAUAAAUGCAAUAUUUUCAGUUAUAUUAACUGAAGUAUAAAAUAAUUACUCAGUUAAUCUCUGCUGCUUCUUAUUAUAAUGUGUGUGUGUGUGUGUAAGCACGUGUGUUAUGUUGCCAUGAACAUGAAUGUGCGUAAAUAUUAAUCGUAAUGAAAUGUUUUAUAUUUUUAUUUUGAUAUAUAAGUUUAAUAUAAAUUUUUCACAGCUUCAUGACCUUUUUGAUGACUCUGCAACACUAUGUUCAAACAAAAUGUUCACCAGACACAGCUGUCACUGUUGUAAAACAAGAAAUGUGUGAAACUAAAUUGCAUUGAACAUUUCAUAAA